GGCAUAGCAGCGUUGAUUUCACCAUCGCUGUGGUUUUCUUUUUCUCUAUUGAGGUUGUCAUUGGGAGCACUCAACCUAACCAUUCAAGUUGUGAAACCACAUCGCAAGAAAAUUCACAAGCGAUGGAUCCGAAGCUGAAAGAGGUUUCUCAGCUCUUCGAUCGCUUCAAGGCUUCGUUUCUCCGGAACGACUUCGAUAACUGUUCCAAUCUCCUUUCUCAGCUAAAGGUGUUACUUACAGGUUUCAGAAGCCUGCCACCGUUGUUUGCAGAUACACCUAAUGCAGUUCAUGAAUUAACAAUAGCAAGGGAUAUAUAUGAGCAUGCUGUUGUCCUUAGUGUGAAAAUUGAGGAUCAAGAUGCUUUCGAAAGGGAUUUCUUCCAGUUGAAGCCUUAUUAUACAGAUGCCUGCAAUCGUCUUCCACCAUCUCCUCAGGAGUACCCUAUACUGGGUCUCAACCUGUUGAGACUACUUGUGCAGAAUAGGAUUGCUGAGUUCCAUACUGAGUUGGAAUUGCUUUCAUCUGCUGCUCUUGAGAAUCCUUGCAUUAAGCAUGCCGUGGAGUUAGAACAAUCUUUUAUGGAAGGGGCUUACAAUCGUGUCUUGAGUGCACGGCAGACAGUGCCACAUGAUACAUACGUUUAUUUCAUGGAUCUUUUGGCAAAGACUGUCAGAGAUGAAAUAGCAGGUUGCAGUGAGAAGGCCUAUGACUAUCUUUCAAUUAAGGAUGCCAAGCAAAUGUUGCUGUUCUCCUCAGACCAGGAACUCCUGGAAUAUAUUAAAGAGGAGCAUCCUGAGUGGGAGAUUAAGAAUGAUAGUGUCUUUUUCCAAAAGGCAAAAGAAUCUGCACCUUGCAAAGAAAUACCCUCUCUGCAGCUCAUCAACCAGACACUUAGUUAUGCUAGGGAGUUGGAGAGGAUUGUCUGAGUCGAAAUGCAAUGGCGGCUUUUGUGUUUCCAAAAUUUUUAGGUGUCUGGAUAAUAGUUACUAAUAUUUUGAAAUUGUUCAUUUCUGAUUCAAUAUGGAACUAUAAAAUUGUUCACCUCUGUAUUUUGAUCAUUUAGGUGGCAGUAUGGUUGCUUAUAUUUUAUUUUUCUUGACUUGUGCUCUGGAAAAAGAAAAACUCUUCCGUACUUAUCCACCUUUUUAUGUUGAGGAUUAUAUGAUUCAUGAAGCUGUAGUCUAAAUUUCAAACCCAUAGAAAGGUUCAUAUCAAAUUAUGGGGAUAUAAUUUCU